GGAACUGUUCCGUGCGGAACAAGGAAACGUCCCAACCAAUGAUCACAUAGACCAGAAAACUCGUUAUUGGGGAAAAUGAGAUUCUCAUCUUUUCUCCCCUCCUCAUACAGCACCCUGUUCGUCCGCACCCUCUCGAUCUCCUCGAUGUGCCGCACUUUUCCAGUAAUCUACCGAAAAUCGGGACAAAAUUCGACCUGCUCGAAAUCUUGGAUUCAUCUGACCUGUUUCGUUUUGUCUCUUCUUAGCGAAUUAUUCCACAUCAUCAUGUUCUUGGAGUGGUUUUACGUUCAAGAUGAUCCGCCAUUGUGGAAGUCCAUCUUGAUGUCCUACUUCCUUGGUUGCUACGGUUUUAUCUUCGUCGCCAAGUGCGUCUUGGCUUGGAGGCAGGAUGAGACAAGGGAGCUUAUCGAACGAGCCGUCGAGUUGGAAAAAUUGUCGAGCAAAUCUCACCCGAUUCGGGUGAGGGUGACGCCUGUCCUGAUCUGCGUCAUGUUUCUCUUCACCACGGUAUCACUACCGUCCGUCAUGUUCCUCAUGGCACUGGUGAGACCCUGCAUGCCACCCUUUUUCAGUAUGAGUCUCUUGGAAUGCAAGUCGUGGAGCAGUGGGGGUGGAGCAUCGGUUCCUUUGAGGCUUGGUAUCGCUGUUUUCGAGUUCAUAACUUGGUUUACGAGCUUGGCAAAUGCAGUGACGAUCGGAUUAGUGGGACUGGUCGUGUAUCCUCCGGUGGUGGAGGAAAUGUGGAUUGAUGUUGUCGAAAGGGAAUUCCAAAAUUCCGUAUCGCUAUACUCCACCGCAGUUAAAUAUCGAAUUGCCCAGUCCAUGUCGAAUUUGCACGGAUCCGUGAUGAGGAAACCGUUCAUGUCGAUGAUAAUUGGGGGUGUGAUGAUGGUGGAAAUAACAUCGCUAUAUUUGGUAAUAAACUCCAUUCACGAGUUGCCCACGCCCGUUGCGAUGUUCUUCAUCAUCCUUGCAAUGGACUUUUUCGUCGUCAUCCAUCUCUUGUUCAAGUCGCUGUGUCGCCCCCACCUGGCGUCGGUGGAAUUAGUCAACAAGGCCAAAAUGGCAAAGAGGGGUAAAUGGUUGGAUAAGUAUCUCAAGUCUUGCGUCCCGUUGGAGUUAUCGAUGGGCGGGGGUUGCUUUUUUGACAGGUUGUCAUCAUUUGUGAUUUGGAAAUUCUGCGUGGAUCAAGUAGUGAACUUGUUGGUUAUGUAAAAUGUGGAAUAUGCGUACAUAUUUAUUAUAAGUACAUAUGUAUAUGCAUAUGUGCAUAAAAGUGAAUAAUGUGAAAAAUAGAAGAAAUUUAGUAUAGAAAUAUAGUAUAGGAAAUAUGCUAGUAGGUGCACUCAUUGAUAUCGUUACUAUUCGGCUUUAAAGGCUUCAUGCAUAGGAAAAGUUAAUUUUUUGGUCAAUUUUUAUUUAUUUUGAGUUCUAUUUUUGGCCCGGAACCGGCAAAUUUCUGUGUAUGUGUGGGUGACGCCUUAAAUGAUGUUCCAAGAUGGGGAAGAUCGUGAAGUGGUUGAUCAGUGGGGGAGGUUCAUUCAAGUUAAAUGGCCAAAAUUAGAUGGUCAAUUCCGAGUUGUGAAUAAUGAUAACAAACUUCAUUCAUUAUAUGAAUUCAAACAAUAGGAACACGUUUUAAUCAUUCUGAAUUUGCAAGCUCUGCGAAUAGUUAGAUUUUAGAUAAUUUAAAAAAAGAUAAUUACUAAAUGUGAAACCAUUGAUCCAUUAUAUACGUAUGUAUAUAUGUAGUAAUACAAUGCCAUUUACAUAUACAUAUAUGUACAUAUAUUUAUGUAUAUAUA